GAUUUAAAGCAACAGGUUUACAUUGUGGCAUUAAAAAAAAUGGUAAUAAAGAUUUGGCUUUGAUUACAUCUGACAAACCAUGCACUGCAUCUGCUGUCUUCACAACAAAUAUAUUCAAAGCUGCUCCUGUUCUAUUAUCAAGAGAAAUCAUUGAUAAGAAAUCAGGCGAAAACAUUCAUUCAUUGGUGGUUAAUUCUGGUUGUGCUAAUGCUGUUACUGGUACAAAAGGAUUUGAAAAUGCUAAAAUCAUGUCUGAUGAAGUAUCAAAAUUAACUGGCAAACCAUCUAGUACAUUGGUGAUGUCAACAGGUGUUAUUGGCCAAAAUUUGCCAAUUGAUAAAAUCACAAAAGGAAUCCAUCAAGUUUAUCAACAAGCAACUACUGAAACUCAUGAUGGUUGGAUGGAGGCAGCUGAAGCUUUCAUGACAACUGAUACUUUUCCCAAAUUAAGGUCUGGUCAAUUUACAUUGCCUUCAUCUGGUUUGAAAUACAAUAUGGCAGGAAUCUGCAAAGGUGCUGGUAUGAUUCAUCCUAAUAUGGCAACUCUUUUGGCAACUAUUCUAACUGACUUGCCAAUCACUGCAUCAGCAUUAAAUAAUGCUUUAAAAUAUGCUGUUGAUAGAUCAUUUAAUUCUAUUAGUAUUGAUGGUGAUAUGAGUACAAAUGAUACUUUUGCUGUAUUAGCAAAUGGUGCUGCUGUUGCAAAUGUCAAUGAUAAAAAUUUGAUUGUUAAUGAU